GUCAUCUACCAAAUAUUUUCAUAUCCUUGGGGAGGCUUUUAUUGGAGUCUUUUGUGAAGAAAUUUAUUUUGGAAUUAAAAAGCUGUGGUGCAGAUAUUGGGGCAGAAAAUACCUCAGACUUCAUCUAUAAUUAUGCAAUUAGCAUGCCAAAUUUAGCGAGGAUCACAUUCAUUUAAGUCCGUAUCUUUCUUAUAUCAGUGGAGCAUUAGCGGGAUGUGCAACAACGGUUGGAUCAUAUCCAUUUGAUCUUCUACGAACCAGUUUAGCUUCGUAGGUGGGCAGUCGUCAUUAGCUGACUAUUGCACUUAUUAUGUAGCUUAUUCUGAUGGAUCAUGCAAUCAUGCACAGACAUGAACAGUGCGCGAGCACCUGACAGAAUGUUGGGUGAGGUGAGAGGACAUAGCUCAAGGUGAGAUAUGCUUAUGGAACUUUUUUCAAAUUCUCACA